AUGUCGUUCGAUGAGAAGAAAUCCCCAGACCAGAUUUCCCAGACACCAUCGGUCUCGUCCGAUUCGAGUCGUCUGGAGGCCCUCGAUCAACUUGAAAUCCUCCCCCAGAUCCUGCAAGAAGGCAUUCUAUUUGCUGGAUCAGGAUCCGCUUUACUACUCCAGGCGGCCUUCCCCGGAAUCCGGAAUCGAACUAGUGAUACCCAUCAUGCCAGCAACGGCCACAGCAGCAACCUGGCGACAGAGUUAGGGGACGCCCUCCAGGCGAAUCUCAGCUACAUCGCCUGCCUGGUGUUCGGCACGCGAGAAGAAAAGAAGACCCUGUUGGACCUCAUCAACCAAGGCCAACCGCCUCUUCGCGGGAGUGAAAACUUCUCCUCCCACCGACCGACCCAGCUCUGGGUCGCAGCGACGCUCUACGCGACCGCGACCGAUUUCUACCAGCGUGUCUACGGCCUCGUCAACUACACCACAGCCGAGAAGGCUUACGCAGAGUUUACAGUCCUCAUGCAUGCCAUGGGCCUACCAUCGGGUACUUGGCCCGAGAACCGACAGGCAUUCUGGAAGUACUGGGACGACCAGAUCGAGCAGUUGAGCGUGACCGCAGACGCACACAAGUUUGCUCAGGACCUUCUGAACCGCAACGAUUAUCCCCGCUGGGUAUCAGUUAUGAAACCGUUUUUGCGGGUCCUUACGAUUGAGAUGUUACCCCCGCGCAUUAGAGAGGCUUACGGGCUUAAGUCGACAUUUAGUACCCGGGGUCUGUAUCGGACCACUAUGGGAUUGUCGGUAGCAGUGUACCCUGCACUGCCGACCUCUACACGGGGAUAUCCACUGCGCUAUUAUUUGCAAGAAUUACGAAAGCAUAUGAACGUCGUGUAG